GCUCGACAGGAAGGGCCACGAAUGCGAGCAGCUCGAUCCGAGCAACUCCACACAGCACUUUGCCUCGUAAUGGAGUCUUGCAACACCGCGAAUGGCCACGCUGCCCCUACCGCCGGCGAGUUGUCCUCGACUCUCGAUCAGCUCUCCAUCUUCGAUCCAGACCUCUUCCCAACCCUUCUUCCACGCAUACACGAGCUUAUGACACUUAUCAUCGAGGCUUCAAAGGACGUAAAUAGUCUCGCACAGCCAGAUACGGAGACUUCUGGUGCCGCUCCAGCCCAAACAUUACCUGGUCUGGCACUCGCGUCGGCUACUGCACCAGCCCCACCCGGGCAGCAAAGCACCUCAUCCCUUCCGUCUUUCGUGCUUGGUGCGACGUCGGAGGAGGAGAUGACCAAUACCUGGGACGACUAUGCGUUCCAGCAGACGGUCAAGCGCUCGGUGGCACGGCCUACAGAGCUACAAAAAAAGAUCGUGCGCGAAGCACAGAUACUGCGAGAGACCCUCAGCAAUGCACGCCUCGCUGUUGAACAGCUAUCCGGUGGUGGGUUAAGCCUGAAGAGGCAGAGGGAGGUCAUAGAAAUGCUUGAGAAGCAGGAAAUACGCCAAAAAGAGCUAGAGGCGAGCUUUGUCGCCCGAUCUGCAUUUCCAACACCGAGUGACAUGGAUACUUCAUAGAGGCCACUGUGACAUCUUCACCCGCCUCACAUGGAGGGCUCCUGGACAGCAUGGGGUAUACAUUGAUAUUGCUGCACUAUUGCGCGAUUGCGUAAGCGCUCUAUUUACGGUUAACUGUCGUCGAUGGGUACGCCACAUCCCUCGCCCCGCACACCGUACACGGCUACGUAGUUAACGCACUGGCCAGCAUGUCAGCAAGCUGGCGCCUUCCAACACUGCUAGGCAAGCCAUUGCCCACGUUCCCUUGACCGACGCUGUCACGCCGAGAAAAGUGCGACAGGUGCGACAGUUUUUUUUCGCUGCCCCAGUCAGAGCGAGUGCGAUCAUUCUCGACGAGCGCGGCCGCCUGACGGCUAAUGGGCACAUCGCACGGCGUUUGGCUUCACUUACUGGCGCGUCAGUGCGAAAGAGAUAGGAACGUGUGUUCGUACGUAUAAGCACAAUAAUACAAAAUGGGAAUGGUCAUUCAUUUGGUUUCAACCAGAUGGACGUGCAUGAGG